UAGCCUCCCGUGAAGUCAGCCGCCCCCCGUCUUCCCUCACUGACCGCCCAUCUAUUUCGCCCAGCUGGCCUUACGACACGAAGAAAGAGAUACGUAGCUGCAGCAAUCUCUACAUUUCAUGCCCAUCGCACGGGGCGUCAAAUCGUGACUGGUUACAAUCCACGUAGGGCGGCAAGCUGCACGGGUUACUUUUUACGUCGGGACACGGAAGAGUUCGCAGCUUCAGGGACCGAAUCAAUGCGGGUUCUGCGGAUCCUUCGCCGAGGUGAUGAGGCACUCAAGAAUUGAACGGACAUGAUUAUCUAGAAUUUCUCUCCAGCGCACAGGGCACCGUGAAGCACGCCAGUCUCCAUGUGGCGAUAGGCUUCAUGUGCGUCACGUGCGACGAGUACACGUCAGACAUGGCCAAUCCAAGCAUCAGGUGAGUAGAUCCACGUCGAAUGUGUUGCCUGUGGUCGAAAUCAUCAAGGCAUCGACGUCAGCAAGCUGCACCAGCGUGCGCUGUCAUUGUCGGUGCGAAACGUAGCGGUGGAUAAGGUUCCAGAACACGUCGCGUGGCUUGAACCGUUCGAUUGCUUCCCUUGCCACCUCAUUUCGCGUCGUCCACGUGAAUGCGCUGGCAGGGGGAAGCCUCGGUGGGUCAAUCGUAACCACUGCUGACGUUCUAGAAGGAGCGUGGAGCUCCGACGACCGUCCGAUCUAGCUCUACGUAAGCACCUUGUCGGUUCGCUGGCAAAAAGCCUUGCCAGCGGCAAUCGCAGCCUCUGGUGUGGUCCUAAAUCUUGAGCCACGCAAUCCUAGACGGCGUUGGCCUGGCUGUGCGGCCUACGAGCGGAGGGGAAGCAACGCUCUACGGUGGUGUUCCCUCUGCCUGACAGUACAAAUGGCCAGCUGACAGCCAUUUCGUCUUCAAUCACAUUCGAUUAUUUCAGCUCUAGUUGAAUCACUCCCUCGUCGCCGAUCGUCCACUCCUCGUGCUGUAGUGCCUGUGAAACCCCACUAGAACUUCCUCCACGCUCUCUCUGCUGGAUCGUUCCAGCUCCUAAACCUCGCAUCCGAUGGCAUUCUUACACCCGGAAUCCGCUGUGGCAGUGGCUCUUGCUGCUGCCACAUGUUUUGGAGACGCAGCAAGGUACAUCUGGGAUAUUCCCAGCUGGUUACUCUGCUCUCCUGCAAACUCAACCCCAUUUGAAUGGCUGAUGGACUUUACUGCGGCUGAUGAAGCCGAGCUCAGAAAUGGCUCAGCUAAGAGACGCUCGACUCAGCUGCUGCCGCUGCUGCUGGCAGGAUACAGCACGGUGAGCCAAGCCGAGUUCAUUUCUGAGUGGACGGAGGAGGAUGCGGCAUUCUUAAGGAGUGACGCAUCCAAAGCUCGUAUCUCUGCCGAAUCUUCCGAGUGGCUGACGGAAAAGACUCUUGUGAAUCCUGCUGAGUUCAUUUCCGAGUGGACGGCAGAGGAUGACGCUUGUCUAAGAACUGACCAGAUCCGAGCUCGUGCAUCUGCUGAUUCCGACGAGUGGCUUGCCGAAAGCACUCCUGUGAACCCUGAUGAGUUCGUCACGGAGUGGACGUCCGCUGAUGAGGCGUAUUUGACGCAGACGUCUGUCAGGAGCGACAGGCAAAAGCACGGUCUUCGAUCUCAUCUUGGCUUCUCUCGUCUGAGACCUGCUGCUAUGGAUGUUGCUGUUGCUGUAAUGAGUGCUGCGGCCAACAUUGUGAGCGUUGCUGCUGCUGCUGCUGCUGGCGCCGUGAGUGCUGCUGCUGACACCGCUGCUGCUGCUGCCGCAGACGCCAUGGGAACAGUUCCUGGUGCUGUUGGCGUUGUGGCUGCUAUUGCUACUGCUCCUACUCCUGCUACUGCAUCACCAGCAGCAUCAGCAACGAAAUCCUCGCCGUGCAAGCGGGCAGUCAAGCCUGCAGCUUGCAAGCCAGCAGUCAAGCCUGCAGCGUGCAAGCCAGCAGUCAAGUCUGCAGCUUGCAAGCCAGCAGUCAAGGCUGCAGCGUGCAGGUCAGCGGCCAAGCCUGCAGCGUGCAAGCCAGCGGUCAAGCCUGCAGCGUGCAAGCCAGCGGUCAAGCCUGCAGCUUGCAAGCCAGCGGCUAAGCCUGCAGCUUGCAAGCCAGCGGUCAAGCCUGCAGCUUGCAAGCCAGCGGUCAAGCCUGCAGCGUGCAAGCCAGCGGCUAAGCCUGCAGCGUGCAAGCCAGUGGUCAAGCCUGCAGCUUGCAAGCCAGCGGCCAAGCCUGCAGCUUGCAAGCCAGCGGUCAAGCCUGCAGCUUGCAAGCCAGCGGCCAAGCCUGCAGUUUGCAAGCCAGCGGUCAAGCCUGCAGUUUGCAAGCCAGCAGCGAAAUCCGCUGCUACUCCUGCCACUGCCAGCGUUGGUGCUUCUCCUGCUGUUACAUCACCUCUGAGGCGGCCAUCGCAGAAUGGGUUGCAGGGAACAACAGGGGGGAGAAGGGGGAAAUAAGCCAGGCAGUAGCCUCGCAGAAACAAGUGUCUCAGAAAUCUAGGUGGAUGUGAAAGGUACCUAAAUAGGUACUUCGAUUUGUAGUGAAUUCUGUACAUAAUCCUGUAUAGCAUAUAUUUUCCUCGAAAUUUUGAAUUCAAAACUGGUUGGAACAAUGCUGGUUUUGCUGCAUCCAGGCGUACAGCCACACUCACUCCCUGAGUUGAAUAAAGGCUGUAGAAUACAGAAAUUGCUGUCUUCAUAUGCAUUUAUGAUGUGGCGUUCUGAAGCUUGUUUGACAGGUGCGUUAAUUCCUUAACCAGCUGUCAUUCGAGAGUGCUGAGGACCUUAAGUGAUGGGCUGUAAUUUCCCAUUUCCCACGCAUCCGACAUUUUCCCAUUUCCUAUUCAUCUGACCUUUCCCCAUUUCCCGUGCAUCUGACCUUGUCCCAUUUCCCAUGCUUCUGGCCUUUUCCCAUUCUUGUAUCUCUGAUCUGAACUCCCAUCGAUGUGUGGUUAGGAUGAGAUGGGGCGAUGUGUGUGUGGUAUGAGACGAUUCAACGCCGAUGCAUCACUCACACAUCCGGCAUUAUCCACAUCAGACCCGGUUACCUGCCCAUCCAUCAAUAAGCCUUCCUCUAUUCGACACCUAUCCACUGAUGAUUGGGAUGACAUGGGGUGAUGAGUGAUGGGUGGGAUGACAUGGGGUGAUGGGUGGCAUGACAUGGG